ACGCGACUCCUUGCGCCUAACGCGACCGUCCAUCGCCAGCUUGUGCCGACGGAGUACACAUCAACUCAAUCAGCGUCGAGACUCCUGCCUAACUCGCUUGAAAAUACACAUCUCUAGGGAGAAGACCUACGCGAUGACCGCGCCUCUUCUCGCCUCUGGAUAUCCAAGACGAAGACGUGGUCCAUUUGGCUGACCCCAAUGACGCAACCACCGCCAUCAACACCAACACCUCGUCGAUUUCUGCUUUCAAAAAGACCUCCGGCGUCGCAGCAGCACACACCAGGAAGCGGCCCACCCGUCUUCGCCGGCAGCCAGCGCUUUCAACCCACGGCCCGAUUCGCCCCUCCGUCGUCGACCCAGCGACCUCCCGCAACGCCCGUCUUCCCUGGUUCGCUCCGGCCGUCGAGACAUCGAGACCCGAUCCACGAUGCUCUGGAUAGUUCCCCGACAGACGCGCCCGUCUCGGCGACACGACCAACGCUAGGGGCUGGGACGCAGAGGCAGAAUCAUAGGAUUGACAUCGACUCUGAUGUCGGCAGCGAUUUGCCUUCGGAGGAAGACCAGGAUGAACUUCCGCCGAUGAUUGUCGCGGUGAACGAUUCGAUUGAGAUCGAGUCAGAGCCGCCUAGUGUUCCAUACAGCGAGACGGAGGAGAGAACACCAAAGAGAAGAAGGAUUUCGGUCUCGCCAGCUUUGAGCUGGCAUGAGGAGCCCAAAGAAGAUGUGGCCAUGGGAUAUCAAGAGGAAGAACCUCUUCCCGGAGAAAGUGAAUCUGGGGACGAGCAGCUGCUAGAUGCCGACAAUGAGUUUCCACUCGACAGGGGCACACCCGAUAUGGACGACGACUUGGCCAUGCCUCAGCGCACUACAGGGGACCCAGUCAAGACUCAGCCGACCUUUCAUCGCGCCCCCCGCUUCAAGGUAUCUGAAUCUGAAGUUAUUCGGCAAGAAGGUCUACCGGAGGCUUUUUCGCCACAGCGACGAGGCGCAAAGUACGUCGCCGGGGGGCUCGCAGCAGAGCUGCAGACAUGGCUAGCAGAGGUCAAGGGAUGGACAGGCGGUGACCGCCCGGCGGACCUGGUCAUGAGUAUCGCCGUUGACGAAGUUUGUCAUGGAAACAGGAUGUACCUUGUCCGGGGACGCAGGAUUAUGGGCGACGGGGAUGCAAGAGAGGAGAUUGCAGCACGGCUUAUGCUAGCUGGCGAGGGACAGUUGACAGGCUUAGGACAGAAGGCUCCUGUUAUAGUAGGCAGCGUCGUUGCAAUCUCGCAACCUGCAUGGGAGAUUAAGCUGCAAGAUGGUAGAUGGGUCGUUGCGUGCGACUGGGCGGUUUCGUAGGAGAGUCGACGCAGGAACGAAUCUAGAGUACCAAUAUUGAAUCAUUGCAUCUCUGCAAAUGCACUUGGUGAAAUUAUUCUGUGCAAUACAACAUGGAACUGAUGUUGUGAGAUGGAAACCUAUGAGAAUGGACCAUCAGAAGUUGCAGUCUACAACUUCAGCCAAGUCAAAUAAUUCUUUCUCUUCCUCAGUUUGGAAAAUGUAUUACUUACUUUCGUUAUUUCUGGCUAUCUGUGCGUUCACCAAGGUCCAUUUCCAACCACCAGCCUGGAAUUGUUUUAGUACUUCCGACAUCCCAAGGAAGUUCACACCGCCAAAUGCAUAAAGUGUUCAAAUGCAUGUACACCCUAAACCUUUAAACCAGCAAAGUCAUGCGCCAACCCGGGUUUGAGCUCCACUUUUACUCAGCAGCUCAGCAGAC